AUGGUAUGGAAAGACAUUAUUUGUCGUUUCAGCGUGCCCCGUAUACUCAAUACAGAUCAUGGAACACAAUUUGACUCAGAUGCGUUCAGAGCUUUUUGUCAUCGGUGGGGAAUCAAUCUAAGAAUGGCAUCCGUAGCAUACCCCCAAGCGAACGAACAAGCUGAAGCAAGCAACAAGACCAUACUACACGGCUUAAAGACCCGAUUAGAGAAGGUAAAAGGUGGAUGGGCCGAUGAGCUCCCCAGCAUCUUGUGGGCAUAUCGCACAACUAGUCGGGUACCCACCGGGGAAACACCUUUCAGCUUGGCAUAUGGAAUUGACACACUCAUCCCUGUGGAAGUAGACCUUGGCUCACCUCGAGUCAUGGCCUUCAGGGAAGAAGGUAAUUCAGAUCGUCUACGGGAGAACGUGGACCUGUUAAAUGAAUUGAGGGAAAAGGCCGACAAUUGGCAGCUUAUCAGAGAAGAGUCUCCAACUACUACAAUGAGAGGGUUCGCCCUCGCAAACUUGAAGACGGAGAUCUGGUACUCAGGAAGACAACCAUCACCAAUGCUCUUAGAGAGGAAUGGAAACUCAGACCUAAUUGGGAAGGACCUUACAGAAUUCGAAAAAUGUUGGGACCUAACAUGUGCAUACUGUAGACGCUACAAGGCGAGACAAUAA